GGUGCCCCGCGCAUCUUCUCUUCAUUUUCCCUCACUUUACAAAGGUCAGCAGCAAGAACUGCGACCCAAAAUCAGAGCCUGCUUAAGUGCACGGUUGCCAUUACUACAACACGCUCCUACGCAAAAAGGAAGAAGAUGGGUCCCAAGAAAGCAGUCAAGGAGGAGAAGAUCCUGCUGGGCAGGCCGGGCAAUAACCUCAAGAGUGGAAUUGUCGGUCUUGCAAACGUUGGUAAAUCAACACUCUUCCAGGCUAUCACAAAAUGCCAUCUUGGUAACCCUGCCAACUUUCCCUUCGCUACUAUCGAUCCUGAAGAGUCUCGAGUCAUCGUUCCUGACGAGAGAUACGACUGGCUCUGCGAAAAAUACAACCCAAAAUCUCGAGUCCCUGCACAUCUCACCAUCUAUGAUAUUGCUGGCCUGACUCGAGGUGCUUCUACUGGUGCUGGUCUUGGGAACGCAUUCUUGUCCCACAUUCGCGCAGUCGAUGCUAUCUUUCAAGUCGUGCGAUGCUUCGACGAUGCUGAGAUUAUCCACAUUGAAGGAGAUGUUGACCCAGUCCGAGAUUUGCAAAUCAUCAGCGAGGAAUUGCGAAUCAAGGAUAUCGAGUUUACUGAGAAGGCUCUUGAGGCUUCAAGAAAGCUUACUCGAAGAGGUGGUCAAAGUCUUGAGAUGAAGAAGCUAAAGGAGGAAGAAGCUUGCAUUGAGAAAGUUCUUGCUCUGCUUCAAGGCGGUGGUGAUGUCCGAAAAGGUGACUGGAGUCCCAAGGAGGUCGAGUUCAUCAACCCCUUGUUCCUCUUGACAGCCAAGCCAGUCGUCUACCUUAUCAACCUCUCAGAGAAAGAUUAUAUCCGAAAGAAGAACAAGCAUCUCGGCAAGGUCAUGGAGUGGAUCAAGGACAACGCCGCUGGCGACCCAAUUCUACCCAUCUCCAUCUGUCUAGAAGAACGUCUAACCCGCUUCGAGACCGAGGAGGAGGUCAAGAAGGAACUUAAGGAACUUGGUGUCGAUUCAGCUUUACCUAAGAUCAUCACCACCAUGCGCAAGGUUCUCAACUUGGGCAGCUUCUUCACAACCGGUACUGAUGAAGUCCGACAAUGGACUAUCAGAAAUGGCACGAAGGCUCCACAAGCAGCUGGUGUUAUUCAUGGUGAUUUCGAAAAGACCUUCAUCCAAGCUAUUGUAUACAACUACUCGGUGCUGAAGGAGCUUGGUGAUGAGGCCGAAGUAAAAGCUAAGGGCAAGAUCUUGACCAAGGGCAAGGAUUACGUUGUGGAAGAUGGAGACAUCUUACUCAUUAAGGCCGGUGCUGCCAAGGGAUAGAGAGUCAAUAUCACGAAAUGAAUAAUAAUUGCAACAUC